CCUCUCCUUAUCUAAAAAGUCUAAACAAAUUGCUUAAAUCUCUCUCUCACUCUGAAGAAGAAGCAGCGGCAGAGCUGCAGUUUCCUCUCUUUCUCUGUUUCCUCCAAAGCCUAGUUCGGCUCCUCGCCCAAAUUAAGAUAUAUUUCUUAUUUCAUAAUCAUUUUCUCACAUAUUCUCUGUUACAAUUUUUUUUUUUUUUUUUUCAGAUUCUCUGUUACCAUUUUUUUUUUUAUAGAUUUUAGUUCAAAGUUUGUUUGGCAUAAAAAAAGUUUGAGGGUGUUCCUAAUUUUUUUGAGGGUGUUCCUCAUUUUUUUUAAGGAUAGAUAAAUAAAAAAUUUUAAAUUAUUACAUAUAAUUUUUUUUUUCUUCAGAGGUCAGGGUGUUCCUGGGAACACCCUGAACCAAACGUAGCGUCGCCACUGCAAACAUGGAUUACUCGGGAUCGAGUUCUUUGACAAUUGGCGAGCGUAUCUGUGCGGCGUUUAUACCGCUUAUAGCGAUAUUUGAGGUUUUGAUAUUCGCUUUCUCCGAUUGCUUUGAGCCCCGGCAACCACGCCUCAAGAAAUGCGCCGGAGACAUACCUCGUUUAGCUAAUGAAACCAUCUUUACUAUGAAUGAAGUUGAGGCAUUAUAUGAGCUGUUUAAGAAGUUAAGUAGUUCAAUCAUCGAUGAUGGGAUGAUUCACAAGGAAGAGCUUCAAUUAGCACUGUUCCAAACUCCAAGUGGUGAGAAUCUUUUUGUGGACAGGAUUUUUGAUCUUUUUGAUGAAAAGAAAAAUGAUGUCAUUGAAUUUGACGAAUUUGUCCAUGCACUCAGUGUCUUCCAUCCCAAUGCUCCCAUGGAAGACAAAAUUGAUUUUGCAUUCAGGCUGUAUGAUCUGAGACAAACUGGGUUUAUUGAGCGAGAAGAAGUUAAGCAAAUGGUAAUUGCCAUUUUGAUGGAGUCUGAUAUGACAUUGUCAGAUGAUCUUCUUGAGGCUAUCAUUGACAAGACAUUUGCAGAUGCUGAUGCCGACAAGGAUGGUAGAAUCAAUAGCGAAGAGUGGAAGGAUUUUGUUCUUAGAAACCCAAACCUCUUGAAGAACAUGACUCUUCCUUAUUUGAAGGAUCUGACAACGUUAUUUCCGAGUUUUGUUUUUAACACAAAGGUUGAAGACUGAGAACCUAAAAUUUUUCCAUCAACAGAGUCCUUAUAAAGAUUGUUCAUCAUCGUUCAUUACCCCUAAAAAGGGGUAGCCACUAUGCUUUCUUUGGUGUAAAAAAGGCCAGGAGAAGCUUUAUAAUUAAGCAGCACCAUUCAAAGCAUGCAUUGUUCAGCCUGCAAAGAACUUACUCUUGUAAUUAGUUUGUAUGGCAUUGUUGCCUCAAACUUUAGCCUUUUGAUUACCUUGUGUGUGUGUGUGUGUUUUUUUUUGUUUUUUUUUUUCCUGGGUAAUCAAAUGCUGCUGAUUGUGUACAGAAUCUGUCUCGAUUCGUAUAAUGUUUAUCUGAUGCAAUUUAAAUUAGAGCUUGAAGAA